GCCAAAAUGUGAGAAAACAGGAAUACCACAAGUGGAAAAGUUCGUAAUAAACUUUCUCACAAUGGACAGAGCAGGGUUCCAAAUUUAAAUUUUUUGCAUGUUGCAUUGUAACUAACCCCUUAAUAUCCUUUAGUUGGAAUUCCACUUUCUUUACAAAAUUAGAUGCUUAUAUUUAUCUUCUGGUCGAAAGGUACGAGUUUAAGAUUGCUAUGGCAACAGAGUAUACAUAGUAGUUCUGAUUGUGUUAUGUCAUGUAUUUGACCAUUUGAAAGCAUUUGAAAGGGAGGAGUUCGUGUGUGUGGAGUAUAUCAGUGGAGAACGAUUUGGGAAUAUACAGUGUAUUAUUACUUUUUGGCGGUUUUUGUGUUUUGUUCGUAUUUGUAAUAUAUAAACUAUUUUGAGCAAUAUGGCGUUUAAUUUUCCUGCCUUUACUUACAUAGUUGCGUUGAUUAUCGACGUGUGUUUAAUUUUCUUCGCAAUUUUUCACGUUAUUGCUUUUGAUGAACUGAAGACUGAUUACAAGAAUCCAAUCGACCAGUGCAAUAGUGUGAAUGAUCUGGUUGUGCCUGAGUACCUGUUGCAUCUCUUAUUUAAUAUAUUAUUUAUUGCCUCUGGAGAAUGGUUCUCUUUGUGUCUCAACAUACCACUUAUUGCGUACCAUAUAAAGAGGUACAGAAGUAGACCAGUUAUGACAGGAGCUGGCCUAUAUGAUCCAACCAGUAUCAUGAAUGCUGAUGUUCUUGCAAAAUGCCAAAGAGAAGGAUGGGUGAAGCUUGCUUUUUAUUUGUUAUCAUUUUUCUACUACUUGUAUGGAAUGAUAUACUCUUUGAUCACAACGUGAAACAUCCACAACUACACAAGAUAUUUCUGGAAGCAUCAUCAAGUUGUAUUAUCAAUUGUCCAGUGUCCUUGUUAUUUAGAUUUUGAUGUAUUGUUUUGUUUACAUGUUCCCAAACGUUGCAUCUCAAAAAUCCCCCCUCCCUUUUCUUCCAGUUGUACACAUAGCAUAACCUGUGAAAAUUUGUGUCUGACAUAACAUUGUUACUUGUAUUUGAAACUUAGUGCAAUAAAUUUUUACCUUGAACUGAUGGAAUGUAAAACAUGCCAAUGUUAAAAGUAUGUC